AUGAGCAGAACCGGCCUCCCCAGCGGCGGACCGUCGUCAGGCCGCUCCGAACGAGACUACGGACUUUACAGAGGGGACAAUGCCUCACUGAAAACCGUGUCAAGCGCCGGAUACUCUUCCUCCCGGGAGCGUCGCGCUGGUGGCUACGGCGGGUUCUAUGAAAACGGUUCCGCGGCUUCAUCAGCCUCUUUCCAGAGCUCCGAACAACAAUUCCGCCCCUCUUCCCGCCCGCGGCGGUAUGAUACUGAAACGGGAACCGCGGGGAGUAUUGGUGGUGGUAGAGACGAAACGAGAUACGGUGAUCGUGGAAAGAGUCAGGAUAGGAAUAGGUCCGAUGCUACCUCUGGAAGGAGUGGACCGCAACCGAUCGACGAUGUCCUCCGAAUGAUACAACAGGAUUGGGAGUUUAUGGCCGCCGAUGACUGCAUACCCGUUCAAGUUGGCUUGCAGUUGAUGGACUCAAGUACUCUGGGCAAGGCGGAUCGAGAGCCCGAUUUCAUACGCACAUAUAAGCAAAUACAAAAAUCUUUGAAAUCGAUUGUCAAUGAACAUCACCAGGGCUUCAAUAGUUCUAUUGGAACAUAUCAUACUAUCCAGUCAAGUAUCCAAAGUUCCCAAAACCGCCUUCGAAUACUAAAAGGGACCCUGGCUGAAGCUAAAGCGGGGCUACUUACAACGAAGCCAGAGUUGAAAGGACUUGCGACGGCUUCUCAGAAUUACGAUGAUAUACUACAAUUAUUCAGCCAGAUCGAAAAUAUCCAAUCAUUACCGGAAAAGCUAGAAGCACGUGUAUCGGAAAAGAGAUUUAUUGCUGCGGUAGAAAUCCUCAAAGAUGCGCUGCGGCUUGUGAAUAAGCCGGAGUUUGACGGAAUCGGAGGUCUUCGAGAUUUGCGAACAUAUUUCAGCAACCAGGAAUUAUCGUUGACAGAUAUCCUGAUCGAGGAGCUACACGAUCAUUUGUAUCUUAAAUCUCCGUAUUGCCAGGACCGCUGGAAGCUGACAACCGGUGACGAAGCCAAAGAUGGACCAAAACCACCAGGUCUAAGUAAUGUGACACAUUGGGAUAGACCAGUUUACCAUUUUCUAGCCAACCUGGAUAUGAAGACACCCGUUGCGGAAGAUGCCUCGCGUAAUCCGGAGACUGAUACUUUCCAUUAUAUACGCGUGGUCAUCGAGGCGUUAAACAAAAUGGGCAAUCUUGAACUUGCUGUCGAUCGGAUCGAACAACGGCUUCCGGUUGAGCUUUUCGCUAUUGUUGAUAAGACAGGCUCCGAAGUCGCAGCCCGCUAUCCUGACCAUAGAAGAAGUCAACAGCCACGAGACAGCACGGUUCGUUGCAUGCCUAACGAACUGGGUGGAGACAGGGGAUAUGUUCUGUCAGAAUUUAUGUGGAAUCUUUAUGCGAAAUUCGAGGCUAUUGCUGAAGGCCACCGCAUCGUACAUGAUGUCGUUGCGGGAAUUGUGGAGCGGGAAAACAUUCGGAAGUCUGGGUCGCUCACAAGUGGUUUCAAGGAGUUGUGGAAACUGUACCAAAGCGAGAUUCGGUCCCUUUUGCACGAUUACCUAGCUACAGAUGGAGAAGUCAGCUAUCGGGCUCAAUCUAAUAUCUCUGAUGAUAAACACACACAGACAUCUAACAAAAGAGAUAGAACGAAGAAAUUGUUCAAACUCUCCGAAGUAGAUGAGAAAUCAUCGGAUAUGAAAGCUGAACAGAACGAACUAGAGGAGAUCCUGAGAUCAUCAGUGCCCGGCCUGGUGUCGAAAUCCCGCCAAAAAACAUCUACCACUGACUCAUCCAGAUCAAGGCAAGAAAAUUCUGGGACCGGACACAAGCUCCUGAUCGAACCCAGCGUUUUUAAUAUGAGUCUACUUCUUCCUCCAUCCCUCUCUUUCAUUCAACGAUUGAAAGACAUUGUCCCUCUCACUUCGGAUAUCGUCAUGAGCACCCUUACCUCCUUCCUCGAUGACUUCCUGAUCAAUGUUUUCCAGCCACAGCUGGAUGAAGCUGUAACAGACCUCUGCGCGAUGACUUUUAUUGCACUAGAUGCAUUUACCGAGGAUCCGCAGUGGACAAGGGUUUCACGACGGCCCAUUUUUAAAGGAACAGUUGCGUUCAUGGAACUUGUCAAAACGUUUUGCAAAAUGCUCAACAGAAUUCCUCAUGAUCAGGCUUUCACACAGUUGGUUAUACACCAGAUUGUAACUUAUUAUGAUAAAUGUUAUGGCAUGUACAAAGCACUGGUUGCGCGUGUCUCUGCUCAACAUACCGGAGGGCUACACUCGAAAGCUGCUGCUGCAUACGCUGAAUCUGGGGAAAUUCGAGAAACCACAGAAAAGCUGUGGGAAUGCACCGAUGACAAGCAACGACAGGAAUUGAUAGCUAAAGAAAUCGAUCUCCUUAUAAAAUACACGAACGAAACGCCUCUAGAGUCGUAUGACAUCGUUUCGGACCCCAAAACCGUGUUCUCGCUAUCUCUCCUUUACAACAGCAUGCAAUGGCUUGUCAACAGCCUCUCGCGACUACGCCAUAUAACAACCCACGAAACAGACUCGAACCGGCUCCAAUCUACCGGUCGAAUCCCCCUCAGACGGCGCUGGACGCUCCUCUCCUCCAUGAAUCACAAUCGCGACAGCUCUAGCAUCCCGAAUAACCUCCCCAUGACCGAAGACUCCGUUAUUAUCUUCGAUACCACCUUGCAAUCUCUUCAGGAUCUCGCCCUAACGGCUUUACUAACCCUACACAUCGACAUCCGCUGUGGCGCUAUCCACAUGGUCACCCGCAGCCUCUCAAGCAACACAUCCCCUUCCGCCCUCCCAGCCACCCCACCAUCCUCCACAAAAGCUACAGAGUUGCCACACGUCUUAUUAGCCCCGCCAUCUUCCGCCUCGCCCGCAAUCAUCGAACUGAAUAACGACCUAAUCAACUUUGACGCCAACGCCGCCAUGUACCUCGGCCCAAACGAAUGUCGCUUCAUAACCUCCGGCCUCGCACAGCUGAUCGACCGCGCCUUUAUCUCUGCAACACGCUUCAUAAGCGCGAUGAACCACAACGGCGCCCUCCGCCUCCAACUCGACGUGCUAGUCCUGCAACAGAAUCUGAAAAACAUCAUCGUACAUCCUUCACCACCACCGCCAUCCUCAUCCUCAUCCUCACACACCACCAAAGAAACCGCCACCAAAGGGCCCUCUUCGCAACCGGAGCUAGGACAAGAAGAGGAAGUCGUCGCCCUCCCCCGCUCCGCCAAGUUCCUCGACUGGUUCCUCGAUGGCGCGGAGAAAGCGCUCGAGAAUGCGCAGGCCGAGCAGGAAGAGUUCAAGACGCACGGGGCCGAGAAGGCGCUGCAGGCGGGCAAUGGGGAACCGUUUACGUAUGAGGAGAUGCGGGUGUUGGUGGAAUUGUGCUAUUCAGCGAUUCUGAAGGGACCUGCGGGCCGGGAGAGUAGUCGGGAGGACUUCUUGGCAGCGAAGAGGGCCUGUGGAGAUGCGUUGUUGAGGUUGAGACCCCCAACUCUCAUCGUGGAUGACCCUAUCUCCUCCCUCCACACCGGCUCAAACUCCCAUCGACCGAUUUUCCUAAAUACCCAACCUGUCCGUUCUGGAACGAAAUAA